AGCUUUUGAUACGUGAUGUUAAUCAGCUCAAAAGUAAAAGUGCCGGUUAUGAAAAAAUUAUGUGGGAAAGGAUUGGAACGGAAUUAGAGAAAGUAAAUGUCGAGAGUCUUGGAUUUGAUCACCCAAUAUGCUCUGGAGUACUUGAUAUUAAAUCAGAACCCUUCACAGAGAUGCCUGGAUCACUUUGCGAUGUUUUUAAGGAGCCCUUUGAGAAAUAUAGGUUAGAUCAUAAUGGUACGAUAAUGGAUACUUGUAAAGAGUUUAUCCAUAAUGAGGAGUUGAAGAUAAAUUUGGAUGAAGAUUUGCAUGAU